GUUUACAAAUGCAAGGCAUCCAUCAGAUACAUGCUGAGUUUGAGCGCUGACGCUCAAAGAACUUUGGAAGGAUAGUGUGUGACAAGAAGAGAGGACAAUCAGACCGCCAAGAGUCGUGGUAGCGGCCUCGCACACCAUUUUGUCUACGACAACGAGCCCGCUAUCGCGACUUGAACACUAACCCAGGACUACCACACUCAGCCGUCCAAAUCCCCGAAACACAACAUGGCUGACGCUCCCGCCCCCGCUCGCGGCGGAUUCGGAUCUCGUGGUGACCGUGGAGGUGACCGUGGUCGUGGCCGCGGUCGUGGACGUGGUCGCCGUGGUGGCAAGACUGAAGAGAAGGAGUGGCAGCCCGUCACCAAGCUCGGCCGUCUCGUGAAGGCCGGCAAGAUCAAGAGCAUGGAGGAGAUCUACCUCCACUCUCUCCCCAUCAAGGAGUACCAGAUCGUCGACUUCUUCCUCCCCAAGCUCAAGGACGAGGUCAUGAAGAUCAAGCCCGUCCAGAAGCAGACCCGUGCCGGUCAGCGUACCCGUUUCAAGGCCAUCGUCGUCAUCGGUGACUCUGAGGGUCACGUCGGUCUUGGAAUCAAGACCUCCAAGGAAGUCGCGACCGCCAUCCGCGCCGCUAUCAUCAUCGCCAAGCUCUCCGUUGUCCCCAUCCGAAGAGGAUACUGGGGUACCAACCUUGGUGAGCCUCACUCGCUCCCCACCAAGGAGAGUGGCAAGUGCGGUUCCGUCACUGUCCGUCUCAUUCCUGCUCCCCGUGGUACUGGCCUUGUCGCAUCGCCCGCUGUCAAGCGUCUGUUGCAACUUGCUGGUGUCGCCGACAUCUACACUGCCUCGUCUGGUUCCACAAAGACCCUCGAGAACACCCUGAAGGCCACCUUCGUUGCUGUCGCCAACACCUACGGCUUCCUGACACCCAACCUGUGGGCCGAGACUAAGCUUAUUCGAAGCCCGCUCGAGGAGUACAGCGACGUUCUGCGCGAGGGCAAGAGGUAUUAG